AUGACGUUCUGCUUCUGUGCAGACGGCUUUGAGGUGGAACAGGAUGGUCGAGCCUGCAGAGAGCCUAUGAAUGAGGUAUUCCUGUUCUACGGACGAGGGAGACCCGGUGUCAUCCGAGGCCUGGACCUGAAUAGCAAGUCGGAGGCUGAGCACAUGGUACAGAUUGACAAUCUUGUAAACCCUCGGGCGAUCGGCUUCCAUGCAGAGACCAGCCACAUAUACUUUGCCGACACGACCAGCUUUCUGAUUGGCCGACAAAGACUGGAUGGGACCAAUCGAAAAACGAUCCUUAAAGAUGACCUUGAUAACGUGGAGGGGAUCUCAGUGGACUGGAUAGGGAACAACUUGUACUGGACAAAUGACGGCUACAGGAAAACAAUCAACGUUGCCAGAUUGGAGAAAGCUGCACAGACAAGGAGAACUCUGUUAGAAGGAGAUCUGUCUCACCCCAGAACGAUCGUGGUGGACCCUCUGCACAGCUGGAUGUACUGGACAGACUGGGAGGAGGAUGAGGUGAACGAUAGUGUUGGCAAGAUAGAGAAAGCCUGGAUGGAUGGAUCCCACCGGCAGGACUUUGUCACUUCAGGCAUCCUGUGGCCUAACGGACUCACUCUAGACCAUGGCUCCAGUAACAUGUACUGGUGCGACGCUUAUUAUGACCACAUAGAGAAAAUCUCCCUCGAUGGUACCCACAGAACGGUGGUGUAUAACGGCAAAGAAUUAAACCAUCCCUUUGGAAUUUCCCUGCACCAGAAUUCUGUUUUCUGGACAGAUUACAUGAACGCCUCUAUUUUCCAACUGGACUUGCAGUCAGGGCAGGUUGCUCUGAUGAGAAGCGAGAAAGCCCCUCUUUUUGGGCUGUCUGUGUACGAUGCUCAAAGGCAGCAAGGUGACAAUGCGUGUGGGGUUAAUAAUGGUGGCUGCGGUAGCCUGUGUCUGGCCAUUCCCGGUAGCAGAGUGUGUGCCUGCGCUGACAACCAGUACCUGGACACCAAUAACCUCACCUGCUCCUGGGACCAUGGGGAGCCACAGAGAUGUGGGAUUGAAGAGUUCCAGUGUAGGAACCAGCGUUGUGUCCAGGCCUCCUGGAAAUGUGAUGGGGACGAUGACUGUUUGGACGGAAGUGAUGAGGAACCGCACAUCUGCUAUAAUCGUAGUUGCCCUGCGGAUCAGUUCAAGUGUCUGAACAACCGCUGCAUCCCCAAGAGGUGGCUCUGUGACGGGACCAACGACUGUGGGAACAACGAGGACGAGUCCAACUUCACCUGCUCUGCGGGAUCAUGCCGAGCGGACCAGUUCUCCUGUGAGAACGGGAGAUGUAUCCCAGAGUCCUGGCGCUGUGACAGGGAUGACGACUGUGGGGACCACUCUGAUGAGAUCGCCUCAUGUGAUUUCGCCACAUGUGAGCCCCUCACACAGUUCAGCUGUUCCAAUGGAAGGUGUGUCAGUGUGAAAUGGCACUGUGACUCAGAUGAUGACUGUGGGGAUGGUAGUGACGAGGUGGGUUGUGUCCAUGCCUGUUCCAGUGCCCAAUUCCAGUGUGCCAGUGGGAAGUGUAUCCCUGACCACUGGGCCUGUGACGGGGACGAUGACUGUGGGGACAACAGUGACGAGAACACCACCUGCACUGGGACAGCCUCGGUAUUAGCUGAUGACUGCAGCGGAGAUGAGUUCCAUUGCCGGGACGACGGUGGCACCUGUAUCCCCGAGCGCUGGAGGUGUGACGGGGACAAGGACUGCGAGGACGGGAGUGACGAGGCAGACUGUGAAGGCACCAGCAGAAUGUGUGACCCGCACGCAAAGUUCACCUGUCAAACGUCAGGCAAGUGUAUCAGUAAGAGCUGGGUGUGUGACGGGGACUAUGACUGUGAGGAUCUGUCCGAUGAGGAAAGCUGUGCGAUAUCGCCCUGUAAACCUCCCAGAUACCCCUGUGCCAACGACACCUCUGUCUGCCUGCCUCCUGACAGCAUCUGCAACGGGAGAUACGACUGCUCUGACCAUUCUGACGAGGGACACUUCUGUGAUCCCUUUGAGGCCUUCAUCAUCUUCUCCAUCCGCCAUGAGAUCAGGAGGAUAGAUCUCCACAGGCAAGACUACAGCCUUCUAGUUCCUGGUUUGAGGAACACGAUCGCCUUAGACUUCCACUUCAAUCAGAGUCGACUCUACUGGACCGAUGUGGUUGAGGAUAAGAUAUACAGAGGGAAGCUCCUAGACUCUGCUGGUGUGACAGGGAUUGAAGUGGUGGUCCAACAUGGAUUGGCUACUCCGGAGGGUCUGGCUGUUGAUUGGAUAGCAGGGAACCUGUAUUGGAUCGACAGCAACUUAGAUCAGAUAGAGGUGGCCAAACUAAACGGGGAGCUCCGGACCACACUGAUCGCCGGAGGGAUGGAGCACCCACGAGCCAUCGCUCUGGAUCCUGAGCUGGGAAUUAUUUUCUGGACAGACUGGGAUGCCACCUUCCCUCGGAUCGAGGCUGCUUCUAUGAGCGGAGGAGGACGCCAUAUUGUCUUCAGAGACAUGGAGAUAGGAGCCUGGCCUAAUGGUCUUACUCUGGACCUUAUGGAGAAGAGGGUCGUGUGGACCGAUGCCAGGUCUGAUGCCAUAUUCUCUGCUCUGUACGAUGGGACUGGUGUGAUAGAGAUUCUGAAAGGACAUGAGUACCUGUCACAUCCCUUCGCUGUCUGUCUCUACGGAGGUAGUGUCUACUGGACUGACUGGAGGACCAACACUCUGGCUAGGGCUAACAAGUGGACAGGGGCCAAUGUGACAGUCAUCCAGAAAACCAGCGCCCAGCCAUUUGACCUUCAGAUAUACCAUCCCAGCAGACAACCACAAGCCUCAAAUCCCUGCGAGGCGAAUGGCGGCCGUGGACCCUGCUCCCAUCUGUGCCUUAUCAACUACAACCGCACCGCGUCCUGUGCCUGCCCGCACCUCAUGAAGAUAUCUGCAGACAACUUUACCUGCUUCACACUGAAGAGAUUCCUCCUGUAUGUGAGGCGAACCGAGAUCCGUGGCGUGGACAUUGACAACCCUUACCUGAACCUGAUCACAGCCCUGACGGUCCCAGACAUAGAUGAGGUCACAGCAGUGGACUACGACGCAUCAGAGGAACGAAUCUACUGGGCUGACGUCAAAACACAAACCAUCAAACGGUCCUCCAUCAACAGAAUCCGCAAUAAGACGAUCAAUAUCCAGGAGGAAUCUCUGUCAGGAGAACAAUGGUGGCUGCUCUCAGCUCUGCUUCCCAACAUCAGAGAGCACACGGAGCUGUUCCUGUGCCGCAUAGGGUCUUUCCUGAUGUACUCAGUUCACGAGGGCAUCAGGGGGAUAUCCCUGGAUCCCAGUGAUAACAGUGAAGCCUUGAUGCCGGUGACAGGCUCAGUGAUGGCUGUGGGGAUUGACUUCCAUGCUGGAAAUGACACGUUAUAUUGGACAGACAUGGGCUUGAACAGAAUAUCCAGAGCCAAGCGAGAUCAGACGUGGAGAGAGGACAUUGUCACUAGUGGUAUCGGCCGCGUGGAGGGGAUUGCAGUGGACUGGAUUGCAGGUAAUAUCUAUUGGACGGACCAUGACUUCAACAUCAUCGAGGUUGCUCGACUCAGUGGCUUGUACCGAGCCGUGGUGAUAGCUGAAGGACUUGACCAGCCCAAAUCCAUUGCUGUGCACCCGGUGAAAGGGUUUCUGUUCUGGACAGAAUGGGGCCAAAGCCCCUGCAUCGGUCGGGCCCGGCUGGACGGAUCAGACCAAGUUAUUCUGGUCAACUCUGGAAUAGUAUGGCCCAACGGGAUCUCCAUAGACUAUGAGGAAAAUAAAUUAUAUUGGUGCGACGCCCGCGCCGACAAAAUAGAGCGGAUCAGCCUUGAGAGCGGAGAGGACCGGGAGAUAGUACUGUCAUCCUCAGCCAGCAACGCAGCGGAUCUGUUUUCAAUGGCCGUCUAUGGGCCUUACAUAUACUGGGCUGACAGGGCUCAUGCCAAUGGCUCCAUUCGCCGAGGUGUCAAGAGUUAUGCAAUGGAGGGAGCCAUGACUCUGAGGAGUGGCCUGGGAGUCAACUUGAACGAUGUCAAAGUCUUUAACCGAGGACGGGAGAAAGGAACCAACCCGUGCGGCCAAAACAACGGAGGCUGCCAUCAGCUGUGUUUCCACCAGGGCAGUGGGAGGAGGACAUGUUCCUGUGCUCACGGCUACCUGGCGAAAGACGGUCUCAGCUGUCACCAGUACGAUGGCUACCUUCUCUACUCUGAGAGGUCGAUCCUGAGGAGCAUCCACCUAUCAGACGACAGCGACCUCAACUCUCCCAUCAGGCCCUAUGAGAACCCUGCCUACUUCAAAAAUGUGAUAGCGCUGGCCUUUCAUCACCAACAACAGGACUCUGGAGGCACCAACCGGAUUUUCUAUAGUGACGUUCACUUUGGGAAUAUACAGGUUGUCAAUGACGACUGGACUGGACGGAGAGUGAUCGUUGAGAAUGUGGGGUCAGUGGAGGGCAUAGCGUACCAUGGAGCCUGGGACUCGCUUUAUUGGACCAGCUCCACCACAGCCACCGUCAGCAGGCACAGCCUGGACCAGAGCCUCCCCGGGGCCUUCACCAGAGAGGCUGUGGUCACACUGGCAGAGGACGACCACCCGCAUAACCUGGCUCUGGAGGAGUGUCAGAACCUGAUGUUCUGGACUAACUGGAAUGAACUGCACCCCAGCAUUAUGAGAUCCACCCUGUCAGGAAACAAUAUCCAGAGUGUCGUCACCACAGACAUCCUCACACCUAAUGGACUCACCAUCGACCACACCGCCGAGAAACUCUUCUUCUCCGAUGGCAGUCUGGGAAAGAUUGAACGAUGUGAAUACGAUGGCUCACACAGAUAUGUGAUUGUGAAGUCAGGUCCAGGAACCUUCUUUGGCCUGGCAAUCUAUGGGAACUUCCUGUUCUGGUCUGAUUGGGUACGGAGAGCGGUGGUACGCUCCAAUAAGUACACAGGUGGCGACAUCAAGGUCCUCAGAGCCGACAUCCCCAACCAGCCAAUGGGAAUUGUUGCAGUUUCCAACAACACCAACAAUUGUGAACUGUCCCCUUGCACAGUGCUGAACGGUGGAUGUCAUGACCUUUGUCUUGUGACCCCUCACGGCACAGUCAACUGUAGCUGCAGAGGAGAGAGACUACUGCUGGAAGAUAACAGAUGUGUAUCUGAGAACUCCUCCUGCAACAUCCACACUGAGUUUGAGUGUGGGAACGGGGAGUGUAUCGACUAUCAGCUGACAUGUGACGGAAUAGCACACUGCAAAGACAAGUCGGAUGAGAAAAUGCAAUACUGUGAUAACAGAAACUGCAGACGGGGCUUCAAGAGCUGCUAUAACCAGCGCUGUGUGGCCAAUAGGCGGGUUUGUGACGGGGUCAACGACUGUGGAGAUAAUUCCGACGAGGUUUAUUGUAACAAUUCCACAUGCGCUGCCUCAGACUGGCGUUGUCUGAAUGGGGUUUGUGUUCCGGCCUCGGCCCGCUGCGAUCAGAUCAUCGACUGUCUCGACGCCUCAGAUGAGAAGAACUGCAGCAACACAGGCUGCUUGGAUUACUACAUGCUGGGGGUGAAGGAGACAGUGUUCGUCAGCUGCAACUCUACCUCCCUCUGUGUCCAACCCUCCUGGAUAUGUGAUGGUGCCAACGACUGUGGGGAUUAUGCAGAUGAAACCAACUGCCGAACUCCUUCCCUCAGAAAGAGAUGUGAGGAAGGCCAUUUUGCUUGCCCAAGUGGGAACUGCAUCCACGCUGUCUGGCUGUGUGACGGAGUGAAAGACUGUGAAGACGGAGCAGAUGAAUUCCAGUGUGACUUGUCCUGCCUGUGGAACCAGUUUGCCUGCUCUAAGAACAAGUGCAUAGCCAAGCAGUGGCUUUGUGACGGAGAGGACGACUGUGGGGAUGGAUUGGACGAGAGCGCAGAGAUCUGUGGUACGGCUACCUGUGGCCCAGGGUUGUUUAGUUGCCCAGAGUCGUACGCCUGCGUCCCCAAACACUGGCUUUGUGAUGGGGAGAGGGACUGUCCAGAUGGGAGUGAUGAGCUCUCUGCUGCUGGCUGUGCCCCCAACAACACGUGCAUGGAGACAAUGUUCCAGUGUCGUAAUCAGGUCUGCAUCCCACAGCGGUUCGCUUGUGACCGUGAUGAUGACUGUGGAGACGGCUCCGAUGAGACCCCGGAGUGUAAGUACGGGUCCUGCAGUCUGGGGGAGUUCCGCUGCACAGAUGGCCGCUGUUUACCCAGAGUCCAGUGGGAGUGUGACGGCCAUCCCGACUGUCUCGACCAAUCAGACGAGCUGCCACACAACCCCAAGUGUUCGGCUGCAGAAAGCUUGUGCAACGGCUCUUUCUUCAUGUGUGUCAACGGCCGCUGUGUCUCGCUGGCCAGCCUGUGUAACAGGAGGGACGACUGUGGGGACGCGUCAGACGAGAGGACCUGUCACGUCAAUGAGUGUCUGAACCGUCGUAGUGGAUGCACACAGGACUGUGAAAACCUAGCUGUGGGCUACAAGUGCAAGUGUUGGCCGGGAUUUCGCUUGAAGAACGAUGGCCAAACAUGUGUUGACAUUGACGAGUGUUCAUGACUUCCCUGUAGCCAGCUCUGCGUCAACACAUACGGAUCUUACAAGUGUCUGUGUGCAGACGGCUAUGAGGCGCCAGCUAAGAACUCACACAGCUGCAGGUCUCUCUCAGCUGAAGAGCCCUUCCUGAUUCUGGCCGACCAUCAUGACAUCAGGAAAAUAAGCACGGAUGGAUCCAAUUACACUCCUUUAAAACAGGGCCUCAGUAACAUUAUAGCAGUGGACUUUGACUACAGGAAGGAGUUGAUUUACUGGAUAGACUCGAGCUCUCCUGCCCUAAACCAACGGAGGAUAAACAGAAUGCGACUGAAUGGGAGCGACCUGAAGGUAAUCCACAGGACGUCCACCCCCAGUGCUCUAGCCGUGGACUGGAUAGGUAAGAACCUGUACUGGUGCGACAUAAGGAAGAAGAGUCUGGAGGUGUCCAAGGCUAACGGACUCUAUCCUGUGGUACUGGUCAGCACUGGUCUGGACAACCCUACUGACCUGGCUCUGGAUGCAGACACUGGUUAUGUGUUCUGGAUCGACAGUGGAGAGCAUCCCCAUAUUGGGAGGAUAGGUUUGGACGGCAGCAGCCGGACGGUGAUCAGCGACACAGACAUGUUCAGCCCUGCAGCUCUCGCCAUCGACUACACAGCAAAAAGACUUUACUGGGCUGACUCGCAUCAAAUUCUCUUCUCAAACAUGGACGGUUCAAAAAGACACAAAGUGCCUAGUCGAGACAUCCGGGAGGUGACGGCGCUGACUCUGUUUGAGGAUGUCAUCUAUUGGACGGAUGAGAAGUCCAAGUCGCUGAACCGGGCCCACAAGACCUCCGGGGCUCAGGGAGCAGAGCUGCUCAGAUACUGGAGAGCCAUCCACAACAUCAAGGUUUACCACCCUCUCCGCCAACCCGACGUGCCCAAACACCAGUGUCAAGGUGACUAACGGAGGCUGCAGCCCACCUGUGUCUCCUCUCCCCCGGGGGAGGUAUAGGUGUUGGCCUGCCCCACCCACUUCUACCUGGCUGCAGACAACAAGACCUGCCUUUCCAACUGCACAGCCAGCCAGUUCCGCUGUGGGACAGAUGAGUGCAUCCCCUUCUGGUGGAAGUGUGACACGGUGGACGACUGUGGGGACGGGUCGGACGAGCCUCCAGACUGCCCUGAGUUUAAAUGCCAGCCAGGGAGGUUCCAGUGUGGGACUGGUCUCUGUGCUCUGCCUCCGUUUAUCUGUGAUGGGGAGAACGACUGCGGGGACAACUCUGAUGAAGCCAACUGUGAAUCCUACAUCUGUCUAUCUGGACAGUUCAAAUGCAGGAAGCGUCAGAAGUGCGUCCCACUGAACCUGCGCUGUAACGGACAGGACGACUGUGGAGACGGAGAGGACGAGACAGACUGCCCUGAGAGUACCUGUUCUGCCAACCAGUUCCAGUGUAAGAGCUCCAUGCACUGUAUCUCAGCCCUGUGGGUGUGUGACGAGGACCCGGACUGUGCUGAUGGAUCGGACGAGGCCAACUGUGAUGAGAAGACAUGCGGUCCUCAUGAGUACCGGUGCCAGAACAACAACUGUGUCCCGGAACACUGGAGGUGUGAUGGACAGAGUGACUGCGGAGACAACUCAGACGAACAGAACUGCAAGCCAGCSACCUGCCCCUCCAGGGACUUUGUGUGUGACAACGGAGAGUGCAUCUCUGCUCGUUUCCGUUGUGACGGUGACAGUGACUGUGCUGAUAGCUCUGAUGAAAAAGGCUGUGAGACGCGCUCGUGCCCUGCGGACCAGUUCCAGUGUCUCAAUCACCUCUGCAUCUCCAACAAGUGGCUCUGUGACGGCCGGGAGGACUGUAAGAUGGGGGAGGACGAGAGGAACUGUCAAGGACCUGCGGUCCUUCCGUCCUGCGCCCUGAGUGAGUAUGAGUGUGUCGGGGGAGGCUGUGUGUCGGCCCGCCUGAGGUGUGAUGGCCAGAGAGACUGCCCAGAUGGAUCUGAUGAGGUAGACUGUGUGAGGGAGUGCAGGGAGGAUGAGUUCCUGUGCCUGAACCGAGCUCACUGCAUCCCCAGCCGCUGGCACUGUGAUGCCCUGCCUGACUGUGUGGAUCACAGUGAUGAGCAUAACUGUGUCCAGGCAGCCCACUCUUGCCGUGCGGAUGAGUUUAUCUGUACCAACACACUGUGUAAGCUUUACAUCUGGGUGUGUGAUGGAGAAGAUGACUGCGGAGAUAACUCUGAUGAAGACUCUGCCAUGUGUGCUAAACUGCCGUGUCCACCGAGCAGACCCUACCGCUGUAGGAACGACAGGGUGUGUCUGCGCUCGGAGCAGGUGUGCAACGGAAUCGACGACUGUGGGGACAACUCCGAUGAAGACGAUUGUGAAGACGUGAUGCAGACCCCAAGGCCCUGUGGUAAGGUGGAGUUCACCUGCAGUAACCAUCGCUGCGUCGCGCAGGAGCUGCAGUGUGACCUGUUCGAUGACUGUGGAGACGGGGGCUCGGAUGAACUCGACUGUAAAGUGGUUUCCAAGGCAGAGGUAUGUGGAGAGAGAGUGGGUCUAUGUGGAGAUGACGCGUUCUGCAAUAACACAGGAACAGAUUCACUCUGUCAGUGCAAGGCUGGCUUUCAGAGGAGCCAGACGACGAGGCAAUGUGAAGAGAUCAAUGAAUGCCUUCAGUUUGGCAUGUGCUCUCACUACUGCACCAAUACCAAAGGAUCCUUCAAAUGCACAUGUGACCGUAACUUUAAAGAAAUCGACGGUGAAUGUAUAACCAAAGGACCAGAGGAUCAGGUGCUCUACGUGGCUAAUGACACUGAAAUCCGAAGUUUUGUCUAUCCGUUUAAGCAGAGCCACGGACAGAAACUGCAUGCUCGCAUUGAGGACAAUGCUAAAAUCAUUGGGAUGGACGCUCUCUUUCACCGACACAAGUUUGUCUGGGCCACACAGUUUAACCCUGGUGGAAUGUUUUACAAAGACAUCGUAGACAGAAGUCACACCAAGUCAAAUAGCGGAAUCAUAUGUCCUGACUUCAGAAGGCCCAGGGAUAUAUCUGCAGAUUGGGUGACUGGCAACGUCUACUGGACAGACCACUCCAGGAUGCAUUGGUUCAGCUACUACAACGCCCACUGGAGGAGGCUCAGAUAUUCCAUCAARGUGGGCCAGCUGGCAGGGCCAAACUGCUCUCGUCUCAUCACAGACAUCGCCGGGGAGCCUUACUCUAUCACUGUUAACCCAGCUCGAGGGAUGAUGUACUGGACAGUGGUAGGAGACCACUCCCACAUCGAGGAGGCUGCCAUGGAUGGGUCUAUGAGGAGAAUCUUAGUGGAGAAGAACCUCAGGAGACCCAGUGGACUUGCCAUUGAUUAUUUCAACCAGCGUUUGUACUGGGCUGAUACAGAGUUGUCUGUGAUCGGGAGCGUUCGAUUCGAUGGAUCGGACUCUGUGGUGGCGGUGAGCAGUGCUCAUGGUCUUUCCCAGCCUGUAAGGAUUGAUAUCUUUGAGGACUAUAUCUAUGGGAUCGGGAUGAGGAAUGAUGUCUUCCGGGUCCAUAAGUACGGAAAACAGCCAAUGGAACGACUCCAUCUGGGAGUAGAGAGACCCUCCAUUAUCUUGGUCCUCCACCGAUUCAAACAGCAAGACGUGUCCAAUCCGUGCCUAAGGAUGGGCUGUGAUUUCCUGUGUCUGCUCAACCCUGCCGGAGCCAGCUGUUUCUGUCCUGAGGGGACCACGCUAAUCAACAGGACCUGUAGGGACACCAACACAUCAGGAGCGCUGUGUCGCCCCGCCUGCGAGAACGGAGGGCGAUGCAUCACCAACGAGAAGGGGGAGCUGCGGUGCUACUGCUGGCCAAAUUUCUCCGGGGAGCGCUGUGAAGUGAACCACUGUAAAGACUACUGUAGAGCUGGGGGCACAUGCCUCAGGCCUUCCAUAGAUAUCUGCCAUCACUACUGUACCAAUUCGAAGGCUUGUACUCUGUCAAGCAAGAGCCACGUGGAGUGUGUGUGCUCAACCAGAUACGAGGGAGUGAAGUGUGAAGUGGACAGAUGUCUCCAGUGUCGAGGGGCACCGUGUACUGUCAACCCGGAGACGGACAACGUGUCCUGCAACUGCAGUAACGGCAGAGUGGCAGCCACCUGUCAGCUGUGUGAUGGAUACUGUUACAACGGAGGAACCUGUCGCCAGGACCCUGAGACCAGUCUGCCGUUCUGCCAGUGUCCAGCUGAUUGGUCAGGUACACAGUGUGAGAGACUUACCCCCAAGACCAGUCUGUCUGGCAACAUCAGCGUGGGAAGCAUGGCCAUCAUUGUCCCACUGGUUCUGCUUGUGGUUCUCAUCACUACCAUGGCCUUGGGGGUUUUCAUAUGCAAGAGGAAGCAAAGGGGGAAAAUAGUCCAGCGGCAGCCCAUGGCGAAUGGUGGGCUAAACGUAGAGAUCGGUAACCCCUCGUACAACAUGUAUGAGGUGGACCACGACAAUCACUCUGAUGCUGGGAAUCACCUUCAGCCAAGCUUCACCCUGGACCCACACAAGGGUUGGUGUGUUGGUGUGAGGUCUAGUCACCUGCACACUCUGUCAGUUCACCCUGACGGAGUUCGUCAUCUCCCGAAGGAGAUCCUUCCUGGACAGGCCAUGAACUACUCCAACCCAGUAUACGCUAAGUUAUACCUUGAUCAGGGACAGAACUGUCGAACGCCCGUCAUCAACAUUGAAGAGAGAAGAGAGCCACUCCCAAAGAAACUGGAGGCAACUAUACGAGAGACAGUUGCAUAGCCUUUUACAGUACGCUAUUGGUAUAAUAUUUUAUAUGAGCUGUAUAAAUGUACAAAAUGAAAAGGAGGAUUUUUAUAUGUCCAUAUCACACUAGAAUUGUCUGUUUUCAUGUCAUGUCUGAGGCAGCAUCAGGCAACACUGCGAUGUGUAUCUUUUGCAUUGCACUGAAAAACAGCACCUGAAAAUGACCUUCCUUUCAACACUUUCCUUCAACUGAAGUAGUCCCUGCUAUGAGGCUUUGAGCUCGCAACUGUUACCAGCCGAUCACUAAUCAAUCGCUAAUCAAUGUGUCGCAAGGAUAGGACAACAACAAAAAAGUGUACUAUGGUGUCACAGCCUACAUUCAUGUAUACGGUAUAUACCUUCUCAAAUGACGAUAAAAGAUGUAACAGAAGUUUUAUAAUUUUAUAUAUGAUUUAUAUAUGUCCAGUUUGGCUUGGAUUUUCUGACAAGAUAUUACGUGUAGUACUUUUAUACAAAACUGUACAGUGCAUCGCUAUGUAAUAAAUGGGGGGUUCUCUUGACCUUUCAAGUAUA